GAACCUAGAGGUUCACCCUAGGAGGUGAACCCAUGAAUAACUCUUUUUUAAUUACUGUUUAGUUUGUUAUAUUGAAAAAUAUAUUUGAGAUUGUUACUAAAAAUUUAUUUAUUUUUUGGUUUGGUUUGCACCCACAAAAAUGGUUCUUCGGUUCGCCGCCCCUGCCAACACUAUCAUCGAUAAUCAUAAUAUAUAUGUGAAUCCAAGUUACUCCUUUCACCUUGUUUGACAACUUCUCGUUAUGCAGAUUACUUUUUCCUUUUAGUUUUAAAUAGUUAAAGUAAAAAAACACAGAUAUGCCAAGGCGGGAUUCCAUGCGAAGGCUCUCUAUAUUAUAUUAUAAAAAAUGUGUGAGCGUGAAAAAAAAGAUCAUUAGAAAAUUGUAGCCUUUGCGACAGGCUUGACUGUGACUUCUUCAUUGGCUGAAAUAACAAAAAAAAAAAGCAACAAAAACAGAACAUAAACAAAGACUUCUUCUCUAACUUACAUCUCACCUUAAGUUUUCAAGUGUUUUUAGCUCCUUCCAAUAUAGCCAGAUCUAACCAUGGCAGACUGGUCGUUGCUUCCAAAAGACUUGCUGGAACUAAUCAGUGGUCGUUCUCAGACAUGUUUUGAGAUUGUUCACUUCCGCUCCGUCUGUAGCUCGUGGCGAUCAGCGAUACCUCGGCCGAGCUAUAGGCUCGGAUUAGGCCUUAACAGCCUUCUACCUGUUUUCAAUCACAAGCCUUGGUUCAAGCAGUGCAUACUAAAAAGGAUUGCAGUUUUCCUUUUCAGAUUCCAGACUCCUUUUGGUACUGAUUAUCUGUUGAUUGGAGUGAGCGAGGGAGAAUCAGGUGAACAGGUAUCGAUGUGCCCUUUUCAUGAUGGUAGUUGGAGAUAUAAAGAUGUGACAACUCUCAACACUCGUAGCUCUCAAAUCAUCUUCAUGGGCUUUUCCUACAAGGUGAUGAGCUCUUCCUGGUGCAGAGAUUUACUCUAGGAAUGGAUUGUAAUGAAUAUGAGCAUUCAUGGUUUAGAUUGUUUAGGCUUGAAGAAGAUGGCCAGAGGAGAUGGGUUCGUAUUAAUGACAUAAAGGACCGAGUGGUAUUUCUUGGUUGUUACUGGAGUCUGUGCUGCUCGGCGAAAGAGCUUCCCGGUAUGAAAGGAAACUCCGUUGUGUUCAAAGAACCGAACAACUGCCGUGAGAGUAUCUUUGUGUUUGAUUUAAAAACCAUGAAGACCAGUAAUGCUUUUACUGAAUGCAGAGGCUAUAUGUUCGGCAAAAAUCGAGAGCCUUUGUUGUCCUGCGGAAUUCUGACGCACCGAAUCCAGCAGACAGUUCUACAUCAUGAGACUCAACCGGUUAACCAAAGUAAACCAAUGGUUUGGAGCAGGAAGAGGUGGUAUUAUAAUUGUUUCUAAGUUAAUGGAUUUGUCCUUUCACUAAUGGCCAUGGGUUACUUUGUCUUCCUCUGUAUUUAUAGACAUCAAUGUAUUUGGAAUGGAGAAUGAAAAAGAAAAUUGCAGUAAAUUGUUUCUUAAGAUGUUGGGACCUA